AUGGGAAAGACUCAAAAGAAGAAUAGCAAGGGUCGUUUAGAUCGUUACUACUACUUGGCCAAGGAAAAAGGGUACAGAGCACGUUCCUCGUUCAAAAUCAUCCAGAUAAAUGAGAAAUUUGGCCAUUUUUUGGAAAAGUCCAAAGUUGUCAUUGAUUUGUGUGCAGCUCCUGGGUCAUGGUGUCAAGUGGCAUCACAACUAUGUCCCAUCAACUCCUUGAUUAUUGGUGUUGAUAUUGUGCCGAUCAAGCCUUUACCAAACUGUAUCACUUUCCAAAGUGACAUUACAACCGAAGACUGUCGAAGUAAACUUCGAGGACACAUGAAAACAUGGAAAGCCGAUACUGUAUUACAUGAUGGUGCUCCAAAUGUUGGUUUGGGAUGGGUGCAGGAUGCAUUUACACAAUCGCAGUUGACUUUGCAAGCUUUAAAAUUGGCAGUAGAGAACCUUACUGCAGGAGGAACAUUUGUUACCAAAGUUUUCCGUUCAAGAGAUUACAAUAAUUUGAUGUGGGUUUUCCAGCAACUUUUUGAAAAAGUUGAAGCAACAAAGCCACCAAGUUCGAGAAAUGUUUCCGCUGAAAUUUUUGUUGUUUGUAAAGGGUUUAAAGCACCAAAGAAGUUGGACCCUAGAUUACUCGACCCUCGUGAAGUGUUUGAAGAGCUUAAUAACGACAAAAAGAAUGCCAAUAACGAGGAAAAGAUUUUUAAUCCUGAGAAAAAGAGGAGACAAAGACAAGGUUAUGAGGAAGGCGAUUACACCUUGUUCCACACUAUGCCAAUCAUGCAAUUUAUCAAGGAAGAAGAUCCAAUCAAUCAGUUGGGAGAUUUGAACAAGUUUGAGAUUGAUGAAGAUGAUCAUGAGUGGAAGAUUGUCAAGAAGCUUAAAACAUACACCGAAGAGCUAAAAGAAUGUUUCAAGGAUCUCAAGGUGCUUGGCCGUAAGGAGUUCAAGAUGAUUUUGAGAUUUAGAAAACAGGCUAGAGAUCUACUCGGAAUAGAUAAAGUCGAAGAAGCUCCCGAAAUUGAAGUUGAGGAAUUGACAGAAGAGCAGAAAAUCGAUAAGGAGCUUAAUGAGAUGAUGGAGAGACAGAAACAAAAGGCCAAGAGGGCCAAGAAGACUGCUAACGAGAUUAAGCAGAAAGAAAUUGUGCGGAACCAGAUGCAAAUGGUGACAGAUAUGAAUAUUGGUAUUGAUGCUGCUCAAAUUGGCGCUGAGUCGCUUUUCAACUUGAAGACAGCUGAAAAGUCUGGCCAGUUGAGUAAAUUGGCAGCAGGUAAAAAGGCAAUGGUUUUCAACGAUGAAGAUAUUGCCAAGGAUACUGAGAUUCAUAUUGACGAAGAUGCAGAGGCAGAAGACGGUGAUAGCGCUGAUGAGGUUGAUGAGCUUGAAGGGCAGUUGGAUGGAAUGUAUCAGCAGUAUCAAGAGAGGCGAGCAGAGAGAGAUGCAAAUUACAGAGCCAAGAUGUCUCGUGGAGAAGAUGCUGAAGCAUGGGAUGGAAUUGCCGAAGACGAUGAUGAUGAACAAGAUCGAUCUGAUUAUGAUAUGGAUAGUGACGAGGAGUCUGAUUCAGAUGACGAUGAGCAUAUAAAGUUGAUUGCUCUGGGCAAGAAAAGCGAAAAUGGAUUGACAAGAUCAGCUCGAUCGUUUUUUGCCUCUGACUCCAUUUUCAAUGAGUUAAACGAUGAUGAUUUGAUUGCGGAAUCAGCUCCAAAGGAACUGAAGAUGGCUGGAGUGAAGACUACAGCUGGACAGAAUGAAUCACUGCCAGCACAGCCACAGCAAGAACCUACACCCGAGUCAGAGUCAGAGUCAGAGUUGGACUCAGACUCAGACUCAGAUUUCGAAGUUGUUCCAGCCGAUAAUGAUUUGGUAGAUGGAGCAGAAGAAGAGGACUUUUCUAGUGAUGACGAGACACCACAAUCGCACCAAAGCCGUGUGGAUCUCGAUACGGCAGAGGCAAUGACUCUUGCACACCAAAUUGCAUUGGGUCAAAAGAACAAGAAAGAUCUCAUUGAAGAAGGUAUAAACAGAUACUCUUUCCGAGAUAAAGAUGGACUUCCCGAAUGGUUCCUUGACGAUGAGAAGAAGCAUUCGAAAUUGGUUAAGCCGAUUACCAAGGAGGCAGCUUUAGCCAUCAAGGAGAAACAGAAACAACUUAAUGCACGUCCAAUCAAGAAGGUGCUUGAGGCCAAGGGACGUAAGAAGAUGAGGGCAUUGCGUCGUUUGGAGAAGAUGAAGAAGAAGUCCGAUUUGAUCAAUGAAGAUAGUUCUAAAUCUGAAUACGACAAGGCCGCAGAGAUUUCCAAAUUGAUGCAAAAAGCCAAGAAUAGUGGUAAGGAUAAGCAGAGAAAGAAGUUGACUGUGGUGGUGGCAAGAGGUUCGAAUAGAGGAUUGAGCGGUAGGCCCAAGGGUAUCAAAGGUAAGUAUAAGAUGGUUGAUGGUGUGAUGAAGAAUGAACAAAGAGCCUUGAGAAGAAUUGCCAAAAAGCACAAGAAGUAG